UUGGUGAGUAUUUUCGAUUUAGGACUUUGUUCUGACGCCAGUUUCACUCCAGGAGAGUGCAAACACACGGACGAUUGUCCUGUAGGGUACGAAUGUAACGAAAAGCGGAUCUGCUGUCCACGAGCCAGUAAGAGUCCAAAAAAUCGGCACUCCGGAUACUGCCGAUUCUAUCCUUCGGCUCCGCAGAAUUUUCCUCAGUUCGACGCUUGCUCGAAAGACAGCGAUUGUCCGAAAGGUCUUAAAUGUUGCUUCGCCACCGUGGGUCGAAAGUGUACUGUCCCUUCUAAUACGCCUCCAGAUGUUCGUAAAGCCGGAUCUUGUCCUCCGUUUUUCGCCGCAGAAGACACUGUUCGUUGUAAGAAGGAUAACAACUGCCCAUCGCGGAUGGUGUGCUGCGAAAUCUCUGGCGGACGCUAUUGUUUACACCCGGACUAUCGACCAUUAACUUGUCCAGGAGGAAGUUUGGCCUCAUCAAAAUGCAUCAGUUCAGACCAGUGCUCAAGCCGAGAAAUGUGCCUCAAUGGCAUAUGCUGUCUGACGAACAAGUCUGACGUGCAAUAUAAGCCGGGCUUUUGCUCUUCUUUAUCCAUGAAUAACGUCCGGAGUGCUGUCUAUGAUCGUUGUUUCAACGACCAUCAGUGUCCAGGCAAAAUGAAGUGUUGUCCGUCAUAUUCUGGAUUUCAGUGCGAGCUUCCCGUCUCAUCGCCCACUGGAGGUAAAAUUGGCGACUGCCCAAAUGACGACACGUCUUUUAGCAGCAACGUUCUGAGCUGCCAAACGGAUAAUCAGUGCUAUCAGGACUUGAAAUGCUGCAGUACUUCUCUCGGAAAACGCUGCGUGACUCCGGACUUUUCACGAGUAAAAUGUCCUGACGGUAGUCUAUCGUCGAUUUCCUGCGACAAGGCGCAUCGACCCUGCAUGACCGGAAUGAAAUGCGUAGGUAAUCUCUGCUGCCCAGAAUCGACCACUAGCGUUGUGCCAAAGUUCGGCAACUGCCCGCCAGUACCACAGCCGAUUGGUCGUCAGCCAUAUUACCAUAUGUGUUACAAAGACCAUGACUGUCCAGCUACUCUGAAAUGUUGUUUUACCCUGCAGGGCAGACAAUGCCUUUUCCCAAAUAUGGGCAACGAUUUAAAGAAACAGCCAGCAAUACCUUUCCCCAUUCGAAAACCAGGAACUUGCCCGUCUAAUGUUCGUGAAGGUAAGCUGUCCCAACCUCCUUGCACAUACGACAAUGAAUGUCCGGAGCGCUUGAAAUGCUGCGGUCCAUCGGGAAAAAAGACCUGCAUGAUGCCACAUAUGUCAACGCCUAGCAAAAAGAUGAGAAAAUGUCCCCCGAUGAGCGCAAACGUUACAAGCUCAUUUUAUUGCCAGUCAGACGAGGACUGUCGUGCGAACCUGACAUGUUGCAAUACCGUUCGUGGCAAGCGACAUACGCGGUGCAACACCGAUAGCGACUGUCCACAGAACAUGUUAUGUUGUGGUCGAUCUGAGGAGCGCUUUUGCACAGCGCCGAAUGCGGGCACGAAGGACAUCAAGCCGGGCGUCUGCCCAAAAUCAGCCAAAGUGAACCCACAAGCUGUUAUUUGCGACUCGGAUGGCCAGUGUCACGGGAACAUGAAAUGCUGCCGCUUCGGGGUGGCCAAGCUCUGCGCACCGCCGACCAUUGUAAAACCGUCGAAACAGGACCUGAAAUGCUGUGGACCCAGUCCGAACAGGUUUUGCGUUACUCCGGAAAGAGUGCAGCAGAAAAAACCUGGAAAGUGUCCACCCAGUUGGCAGAUAGCACGUAAUUCGCCGCUAUGUUUCGACGACAGCGAUUGUCCAAAGUCUCAGAAGUGCUGCAAUACGGCCAACCAAAAAGUGUGCACUUCACCCGUUUCGCCGCUCACCGAUCAGUUGAAGAAGCCGGGGGUUUGUCCGGUUCACGUCGCAGCGUUGGUAGAAUGCACGACAGACAGGGAUUGCGAGGGAAACCAGAAAUGCUGUCCAGGGUUUCAUAAGAAGUACUGCAGCGAGAUUUCUUCCUCAGUGCCUGAAACACAACGAGAUAUGUCGAACAGCCGGUUGUCUGAAAAGUCGGCGCACAACGCGCCAGAAGUUAAGAGAGGAACCUGCCCUAGCCAUCUGAAUCUCACGGCGGAUUCGCUGCCAUGCAAGAGCGACGGUGACUGCCCCCAUGACACGAAGUGCUGCGGUCCCAAGCAUCACAAGUACUGCAGCAAACCACGUGAGUCGAACUUGCCACAAACGAUGAGGUGCUCUUCCAAACACCUGUGUCCCCCGAACAGCAUUUGCAUCGGUGGUUACUGCAUAUCGAACAAGAAAAUCGGUUUCAAGCGAUGUAUGAACAGUCGUGACUGUCCACGAACGUUCUCCUGCGUCGAUGAUUACUGUAUUCCGUCGAAAGUACUGGAAAGGAAGCCAUGCGAGGCUGAUGAGGAUUGUUCGGCAGGAUUUCGCUGCUCGAAUUCGUUAUGCCUUCCUGGAGAAAUCGAGACCUUACCCGCUUGCUCAUCGGACGAGCAUUGCAAAGUCGGGUUUCUUUGCUAUGGCAAUACUCUGUGCCUGCCAGAAGGUGUUAAACCUUGGACUCAGUGCAGCUCUAUAAAGCUUUGUCCAAUCGAGCAUAUUUGCUCAUACGGCAUAUGUAUUCCCAAGCCAAGUAAUUGGAGAGACUGUGCCAGACACGAACGAUGUCCACCACACCAUCGAUGUUUCAACGGCUUGUGCGAGUCAAAGUCUGGUAAGGCCAAAAGUUCAAAGCCGGGCCACUGGCUUAACUACGCGUCACAGAUUCUGAGCUCGUUGCACCGCAAGGACAAGUGCAGCUCUGCCAAAUCCUGCCGCCGUGGUCGCAGUUGCUGUCAAACCCACUUUGGCAAAUUUUGCAUGUCUGCCAAGUCCUGUCCUUCCAGACCAGGAGUGUGUCCUAAAGCAAGCAUCGGAAACAUACCCGAACCAGUUUCCUGCAUUAUCGAUGAAGACUGCAAAGAACGCGAGAAGUGCUGUUUAACUCCCGAUGGCACAUUCUGUCUUUCUACAAACAAACUGAAGGAAAAGCCAGGAUACUGUCCGGUCUAUAACGACCCGCCUGAAAGUGCAUAUCCGUGCAGCAGUGACUUGGAAUGCCCACGUAUGAUGAAGUGCUGCAAAAGCAGGAACGAGCGUGUAUGCAUGUUCCGUCAAUCGCACUGCAGCUUGUUUCCAACGGAAAAACCAGGCUUGUGUCCGAAAUUUCCGUCCAAAGAACGCCAGAAAACGUGCAAAUGUGAUAGCGAAUGCGAUGGAAAGAGGAAAUGCUGCAAAAAUGGCUUUAAAAAGUACUGCUUCAGUCCGUUGCCUUCUUCCGGUGCUCCGUUUACGUCCUGCGUUUCGUACAAAACAUGUCCUCGAGGUUUCGUCUGUCAAGAGGGUCGCUGCAUCAACGGAUCAGCUUUGUCACUGAAGAAAUGUCAGACGCAUGUGGACUGUCCAGUUGGCUAUUCAUGUGGCAGUCGCGCUUGUCUGCCUGACUCCGUGCUCAGCAUUCCGUCCUGCAGCAAGCAGUGCGACUGCAAACGCAACAGUCGGUGCAAGUACGACAUUUGCUUCCCAAAGAAAACCAACCCGAUUACUUCCUGCCUGCCGGGCAAGGUAUGUCGCCCCGGAUUCACCUGUAUCUCAAACCUAUGCCUGGUCACCGGAAGCAGAUCCACCCCUGGCUGUUACGGACGCAGCGGUUGUCCCAAAGGGCUUGUCUGUGUCCAAGAACUGUGCAUUCCAAAGUACUACGAAAGCAAAUCGUGUUACUCGUCGGACGAAUGCGAUGUUAACUUCAGUUGCACUGACGGUGUGUGCAUUCCGAUCGAACGCGAGAUCAAAAUCGCCGAACAGGGUCAUUUCCUAUAUUACUAUUCACAAAUUAUCAAUAGCAUACUUCGAAAGUAA